AUGUCGACGUGCGCGCGAGGAGCAGGAGCUGUUGGUGUGGGAGCGGCGGGAGUUGCGGCAGUCGGACCUGCUAGAGCAGCAGCAGCGGCAGGAGCAGCAGCAGCAGCAGGAGCAGCAGCAGCCGCCACAGCCACUGCAGCGGCAGCAGCAGCAGUCGCCGCUGUCCCCGCAGCCGCAGCAGCUUCCUUUGGAGCGGUAGUUGUUUCCGCCCUUCUCCCGUCUCCUCCUCCGUCUUCUCUUCAUGUCUCCCCUACUCCUAUCUCCGACUACUAUCGUGUUGUUCGCCCUGUCGUAUCCCGUGUUCUAGCCACUAUUGUCACUGACCCUCGUUUCUCUCUGUCGUCUGUCUCGGCUCUCACUGCCGCUAUUGCUGACUUUGCCGUCGCCAACCGCCUUGACUACUGCACUCGCGUGGUGCCCGCUCUGCCUACCCGUCCUCUGUCCGUCGGGGGUGAGUUUGCCCUUGGCUGUGACGUCCUAGAGGACAGGCACUCUGAGCUGGAGUACCUGGCAGCCGCUUCUCCUACUCUCUGUGUCAUGCUGAUUUCCCCUGAGGGAGACCCCGACGCCCUUGACAUACCAACUCCUCGCACGUACCGUGAGGCAUUGUCGGGGCCGUGGGCCUCUCAGUGGAAGGCGGCCAUGGACUCAGAGUUGGCGUCUUGGAAGUCCACAGGCACCUACGUCGACGCAGUUCCCCCUCCCCCCUUGGGCGAACGUAGUCGAUGGCAUGUGGCUCUUCAAGGACGACUGCACGAGGAGAUCUGGCUGUGCCGUCAUCCUGGUUUUACUGGUACUUUCCCUCCUGGGACCCAGUGGAGCCUGAGGAGACCAGUCUACGGUCUCCGCAAGUCGCCCCGUGAGUGGCACAACACUCUUCGCUCCACGCUUUGUGACCUAGGGUUUCGCCCUUGUUUUGCUGACCUGUCACUGUUUGUACGUGCCGGCUCCACUCCCUUCUUUAUCCUGGUCUACGUCGACGACCUGGUGUUUGCUACAGCUGACAGGGCAGCACUGGCGGAGAUCACCAGGGACAGAGCCGCUCGCACCAUCACACUGACUCAGUCACACAUGGUGCCGCAGGACCUUCGGCGGUUCGGGUUUCAGUUCUCCACCACACAGCCCACUCCUCUUGCUGUAGACCACAGACUCAUCGGCCCCUUCCCCGACGAGCCCUUUGAGCCCAGUGGUCCCUACCCAGAGCUUGUUGGCUGCCUCAUGUACCUGAUGACCUGUACUCGCCCGGACCUCGCCUACCCUCUUAGUGUCCUCUCUCGCUUUGUUGGACCUGGGAGGCACCGUCUUGUUCACUGGACGGCUGCUGUGAGGGUGGCGAAGUACCUGGCGACUACAUCAGGCAUGGGGCUGGUACUUGGUGGGACUCGGCCAGUUGAGCUAACUGGCCUCUGUGACUCUACUUACGCUGACGACGUGGAGACUCAGCGCUCGACCCAGGGUUACUGUUUCAGUCUGGGAGCUGGGGCUGUGUCGUGGAGGUCCACACGGUCGUCGUCGGUGGCUUCGUCCAGUGCGGAGGCAGAGAUCCACGCUGGUGCUAUGGCUGCUCAUGAGCUUCGCUGGUUGACCUUCUUGCUCGCUGACCUUGGUGAGCGGCCUCGCACUGCUCCGACCUUGUUCGCUGACAACAAGGCCAUGAUUCUCUUGUGUCGCGAGCCUCGACUGGAGACUAGGGUGAAGCACAUCGACGUUCGGUAUUUCCUCGUGCAUGAGCUACAGCGACGCGGCCAGGUGCGGCUGGACUUUGUGGCCUCAGAGGCCAACAAUGCUGACCUCUUCACCAAGGCCUUGGCGCCUGGUGAUCACCACCGGUUCUGUGUGCAGUUGGGGCUUGUUGAGGCAGGUCCUAGUCACACCAUUCUGUUGCACAUCUCUCUCUCUAACUUUAAGAGGUAA